UGGGUUGCCGCCCCAGAUCACGUUGAUACGCGUAGCUUGCACGUCUCUCCGUUGCGUUCGCCUGUCUCUACGUCCACCCUUCGUCUGUUCUCUUCGUCCGCCCUUCGUCUGUCUGCCUCCGCUCUCGUCCUCCUCCGCCGCCAUGCACUCGUCAUUAGUCUCCGUCGCUGCCCUCCUCAUGGCCGUGGCACUGGCAGCAGGGCGCCCCGACGGUGCCACCAUCCUGGACUUCGACGGCGAUAACCACCACCACACACAGCAGGGAAGUGCAGGGAACGUUGUCACGGGGACGUACGGCUGGACGUCCCCCGAAGGCUACAACUUCCUGGUCAAGUACAUCGCCGACGAGAACGGCUUCCGCGUCGUCGAGAGCAACGCCGUCCCGAUCAACGCCGACGGCAUCUACGCGGACGGAAAGCAGGGCGCGUUCGAGUCGGACGAAUAUGAGAAUUGAGGAGGAUCGGCGUAGGAUUUUUAUUUUUCUCUUUGAAUAAUUAUGAAUCUAUUUUUUUUUUUUUUUUUUUUUUGUGAUUGGUUUAAUUUUUGGAGGUUUUUUAUGUUUGUUGUCAGAUUCUCAUUUGAUUAUGAUUCAUUAAUGUAUUCAUUUUUGGUCAGAUGUUCGUCUGAUUUUGGUAUACGAUGAUUUUUCCUGUUAUAUUAAUUUCAUUUUCGUUUUCCUUUCUUCAUCUCUAUCAAUAUUAUCCUCAUUUUUUUUUAUUAUUAUUAUUCCGAUUUUAUUUAUCUUCUUAAAUCUUUAUUUCGUGGAGAGAAGCACGUUGGGAGCUUGUGGUGAAGGCCUGCUUGCCUGGCAACACUGACGUUCAAUAUUAAUGUGAUAUUAAAACAAUUAUGAUAUAUAUCUAUACAUAUAUGUGUGUGUAUGUUUAGAAGAUGCAGAGUAAAUCUAUUUAUUUUUGUGGUUUUAUAUGACGAAAGAUAUUUCAAAUGAUGAGGGAGAGUUACUGGUCAAGCUCUCCCCAUCAUGUGGAAUAUCUGCUUUAGGAAUAUAAAUAUAUCUAUAUCUUUAAUAAAAUCGAAUAGCGUA